CGCGCCGGCAACUUCCUGACCUGUGCGCGAGGACAUCAGCACGCAAUUUGCCACUGACGGAAUUCAUUCAAGCGGCAGCGCACUAACAGCACCUCAGGAGCAACAGGAGCAAACGACAAACCAAGAAAGCAAAAGAGAGGCGAGGAAGGGCAGCAGAGAAGAAGAGGAAGGGCAGCAGAGAAGAAGAGGAAGGGCAGCAGAGAAGAAGAGAACAAGUUAAAGACUGUGGAGAAGAAACAGCUCACUGAAAGUCUCUGUCUCCACCCGCUGUGUCUCCACCCCAAUAUGAGGCUGGAGGAGGAUGUGAACCGCGUGGUGCUUCUACUCUUCAGGGUGGUGGCGUGGCUCUACUCCCUGCUCUCCUGCCUGCCCCUGCUCCUGCUAGGAUCCACCCGCUACACCACCUCCACCCACUGCUCCCGGCGGGUGAAGGCCCACUCAGCGAGUGGCCACCCCGCCGGGCCCUACCGGGACCUGGACGCACUGGAUGGGCUGAUCAUGUGUCUGGAACCAGACGUCAACACCCUCGACCGCAUGUUUGAGGUCUCGGCGAGGCGCUUCGCGAGGCAGGACUUCCUCGGGACCCGAGAUGUGCUGAGUGAAUGGGAGGAGGUGCAGGAGAAUGGGAAAGUGUUUAAGAAGGUGGUACUGGGGAAGUAUCGGUGGCUGUCGUUUGAGCAGGCAUACAGAGCAGCGAGAGUCUUUGGGAGUGGGUUGGCUGCUCUAGGGCAGGAGCCCUGCACAAAUAUCGCCAUCUUCUGUGAAACCAGAGCAGAGUGGCUCAUUGCUGCCCAGGCCUGCUUUAUGUACAACUUUCCAUUGGUCACUUUCUACUCUACUUUGGGUGGUGCAGCAAUUGUUCAUGGUCUUAAUCAGGCUGAGGUUUCCCACAUCAUCACCAGCAAAGAGUUGCUGGAGACCAAACUCAAGGCGAUACUCAUGGGCGUGCCGAAGCUGCAGCAUAUCAUCGUGGUGGAGGACAAGCCCACCUCCUGGCCAGGAUACCCGCGAGGCAUCCACAUUCACAACAUGGCUGCUGUGCAGAAACUCGGAGAGAAGCCUGACAAUGCGGAGAGGCAGAGGCGAUCACCGGCUGCUGAUGACGUAGCUGUAAUCAUGUACACCAGUGGCUCCACAGGCAUUCCCAAGGGAGUCAUGAUCUCCCAUAGCAACCUCAUCGCUGGGAUUACAGGGACGGCGCAGAGAGUCCCUGACCUCAAUAAGAGCGACACCUACAUCGCUUACCUGCCCCUGGCGCAUGUUCUAGAGCUCAUCGCAGAGAUGGUGUGUCUGGCCCACGGCUGUAAGAUCGGCUACUCCUCACCCUACACGCUUGCAGACCAGUCCACAAUGAUCAAGAAGGGAAGUAAGGGAGACAGCAGCGUUUUGCAGCCCACUCUAAUGGCGGCCGUACCGGAGAUCAUGGAUCGGAUCUAUAAGAAUGUGAUGCAGAAAGUGCAGGAGAUGGGGGUGGUGCAGAGGACUCUUUUUAUUUUGGCCUACAACUAUAAGAUGGAGCAGCUGUCUAAAGGCUAUAGCACUCCCCUCUGUGACAAGCUGGUGUUCCAGAAGGUGCAGGCGUUGCUGGGUGGCCGUACACGGGUCUUGUUGUCAGGUGGUGCGCCCCUCUCUGCAGUGACUCAGCGUUUUAUGAACAUCUGUUUAUGCUGCCCUGUGGGUCAGGGCUAUGGCCUCACUGAGACAUGCGGAGCUGGCACCAUCAGCCAUCUUUGGGACUAUAGUACAGGCAGGGUGGGAGCACCUCUGGUCUGCUGUGAGAUCCAGCUGAAGGACUGGGUGGAGGGAGGCUACCGGAGCACGGAUAAGCCCUGUCCACGAGGAGAAAUUCUGAUUGGUGGGCCCAAUGUCACCUUGGGUUACUAUAAGAACGAGACGGUGAACCAGAAGGACUUCUUUGUGGAUGAGAAUGGCCAACGAUGGUUCUGUACUGGGGAUAUUGGCGAAUUCCAUGCAGAUGGCUGCCUAAAGAUCAUUGAUCGUAAGAAGGACCUGGUGAAGCUGCAGGCAGGGGAGUAUGUGUCUCUGGGGAAGGUAGAGGCAGUGCUGAAAAACUGCCCCCUUAUCGACAACAUAUGUGCCUACGCCAACAGUGAGGAGUCGUAUGUGAUUGGCUUUGUGGUACCCAAUCAGCAGCGGUUGACAGUGCUGGCAAAUGAGCUGGGAAUCCAUGGCACAUGGGUGGAGCUCUGCAAUAAUCCUGUGAUGGAGGAGGAGGUGCUUAAGACCAUCACUGACACAGCAUUGACAGGCCAGCUGGAGCGUUUUGAGAUCCCACAAAAAAUUUGUCUGUGCGCAGAGCCCUGGACCCCAGAGACAGGCCUUGUAACUGAUGCUUUCAAACUCAAACGCAAAGAGAUCAAAACCUAUUACCAGCAUGACAUCGAGAGGAUGUAUGGCGGCAAAUAAUGCCAAAUUAAACAA